UGUUAUCUUUGCCCAGUCUGUAAAAGCGACCAGACUGGUUUCCGCUCCUCCUAGGGCGUAACGCCAGUCGAGAACCUCCAGUAUGUUGUAUGUAUUUGACAGAUAAUGUAAGCGUUACCUCCGGGAGGGGGACUUUCCCUCGCUAUGUAUAUGUAUAUCCGAGUAGAUUCAGAAGCCUAAGGUUACCUAAACUCGAAAGUGGCGCCCCCGCAAUCCACCUUUCUUACCUAGUAACCUACUUAAUACAGCUUAGACAGCAUUGUUGAGACGUGUUCUAUUGCAUAUGCACCAUGGCAUCAGAGAGGCCGGAGGAUGCACCAAUGCGGUUGGACGACUUCAGUGAAAGGGCUUCAGAUGCCGAGGGCCGCUUGAAUGUCCUGGAAGAAGAGCUCCAGCGCCUGAGGGAGGGUGCAAGUGGCUCCACGGCAGAAUACAACGCCGGAGACGGUAUACUUGAGGAGCUCCUUGUUCUGCGGAGUCAAUUGGAAGCUGCCUUGGUUGAGGAGAAGGAGGCAAAACUCUCACAUCUGCAAUUGAAGUCAGAAAACGACAAGCUCAAAUAUCGGAUCAAACAUUUAGUAUCGGCCUUGAGAGAGUCAGAUGAAGGUGCAACGAAGACAGUGUGAAGGUGAAGAUUGACAGGGCCAACGGAUCGACCAUUUUUUGGGAUGCAGCUUUUUGGGGGUUCCUCAUCCGUGAUGAGGAUGAGUAUACAGCCAGAGUUGACGGUCAGAUAUGCAAGAGCAUAAGUAAGUUGCAAGGUGCAGUCAGAUCAAAGCUGUUGAUGCCCUCAGCUCCAAGCCGAGUGACGGCGCAAAGGUGAUGCAGGUGGCCAUGUUCCAUGCGUGGCCAUACACUGAGCCAGCCCGCAAAACCGUAUGCAACGUACAGCAGACGCCUCCGUCUAGGGUUGUGGCAGAGCAUGACGGUCCCAUUCGUUCGUCACUGAAACAACACACCUUUUAAAGAUCGGACCGGGCCGCUCGGCGCGGUGCAACUCGGUAGCAUGCAGAGAAUGGUACAUGCAGAUGAUGAUUUUACUAUCAUUA